AUGCAGGAUGCAUCUGCUCAAAUGGCCCUUCUCCAGUUUAUGUCCUGUGGCCUUCCAUCAACGGCCGUCCCAGCUAGCAUCCAUUGCGACCACAUGAUAGUUGGAGAGAAAGGCGCUGAUGUCGAUCUUCCAACAUCCAUCAAGGGAAAUAAAGAGGUUUUUGACUUUCUUGAGUCUGCUGCAAAGAAGUAUGGAAUUGAAUUCUGGCCUCCAGGCGCCGGGAUCAUUCAUCAGACUGUCUUGGAGAACUAUGCUGCACCAGGACUGCUGAUGCUUGGUACUGACAGCCACACCCCCAACGGUGGUGGAUUGGGUGCCAUUGCCAUUGGUGUAGGCGGUGCUGAUGCCGUGGAUGCCCUGGUGGAUGCCCCCUGGGAGCUCAAGGCUCCUAAAAUUUUAGGUGUCCGUCUCGAAGGUGCGCUCAGUGGCUGGGCGUCUCCUAAGGACAUCAUCCUCCAUUUGGCUGGUAAACUUACUGUACGCGGUGGAACUGGAUUCAUCAUCGAAUACCACGGCCCAGGCGUGGAAACACUCAGCUGUACUGGCCUCGCUACCAUUUGUAACAUGGGGGCUGAAGUUGGUGCCACGACUUCACUAUUCCCAUUCGCACCUAGCAUGAUACCAUAUCUACAAGCUACCAAUCGGUCUGAAAUAGCCAAGUCUGCUUCCGAUAUUGCAUCUUCUGGUCCACAGAACUUGCUUCGAGCUGACCCGGGUGCCGAAUAUGACCAACUUAUUACAAUUAAUCUUUCCACUCUCGAGCCUCAUAUUAACGGACCAUUCACUCCAGACCUUUCCAUUCCUCUAUCAGCCUUUGCAGAUACGGUUCGAGAGAAGAGAUGGCCUGAAAUAUUCGGUGCUGGUUUGAUUGGAAGCUGCACUAACAGUUCCUACCAAGACAUGACACGUUCUGAGGAUCUCGUCAAGCAAGCUUCCGCAGCUGGCCUGCGACCAAAGGCGGACUUCUUCAUUACCCCUGGAAGUGAGCAGAUACGAGCAACUCUGGAGCGUGACCAGACACUAUCCACGUUUUCAUCUGCUGGAGGCACAGUCCUUGCAAAUGCAUGCGGACCGUGUAUCGGGCAAUGGAAACGAACUGACGGAGUGAAGAAGGGUGAAUCAAAUGCCAUCCUUACCUCCUAUAAUCGAAAUUUCCGUGGACGAAAUGACGGUAACACUGCAACAAUGAACUUUCUUGCUUCUCCAGAGAUUGUCACAGCCAUGUCCUAUGCUGGAUCAACCACCUUCAACCCAAUGACCGACUCUCUUACAACCCCUAGUGGAGAAUCAUUUAAGUUCACUGCUCCAGUUGGAUCUGACCUUCCUUCUGCUGGAUUUGCAGACGGAAAUCCAGACUUCCAACCGUCUGCUGCUGUCCCGGAUCCAUCUGCCGAGGUUGUGGUUUCGCCCACAUCUGAUCGUCUUGCUCUUCUUGAACCCUUUGAUCCAUUCCCGUCCCACGAUCUUUCCUCCCUUCGGGUUCUGUAUAAAGUUAAAGGACAGUGUACUACUGAUACCAUAUCUGCUGCCGGACCUUGGCUGAAGUAUAAAGGUCACCUUCCAAAUAUCUCCGCCAAUACUUUGAUUGGAGCUAUCAAUGCUGCUACAGGCGAAACUAACGUCGCCUACGAUGUCGACGGCAAAACUUAUUCUAUUCCAAAGCUAGCUGAGAAAUGGAAGAACGAAGGUAGCCAGUGGCUCGUUGUUGCUGAGGAAAACUAUGGCGAAGGAAGUGCGCGAGAGCACGCUGCCUUACAGCCUAGAUAUCUAGGUGGAAGAAUAAUCGUGGCAAAGUCUUUUGCUAGAAUUCAUGAAACCAACCUCAAGAAACAAGGCAUUGUGCCGCUUACGUUCAAGUACAAGGCUGAUUACGAUAAGAUAGAUGCUUGUGAUGAGGUUGAGACGGUUGGCCUCUACAAUCUCCUGAAAUCCGACGGCCAAGGCGAAGUUACCCUCAAAGUCACUAAGAAGUCUAGUGGAGAAACAAUCAUUAUCCCCGUCAACCACACCUUGAGCAAGGACCAGUGUGGCUUCAUUCUCGCUGGCAGUGCAUUGAACCUUCUCGCUGCUAAAUCUCGAUAA